AUGUCUGUCGAACAAUUCCCCUUCAUGAGGCUCCCAUUGGAGCUACGCCUAAAAAUCUAUCAUAGCGUGGUCCAAGAUCACGUCGAGAGCUUUCCAGUCUUUAGUGCAGCAAUGGAUGAUGAUACGCAGGUUGACUUCAGAGUCAUCGAGCAUUCAGCACAGUUGUUUCCCAAUCUGCUCAGCGCGCACGAAAUGUUCUUCGAUGACUGCGCCGCUACCAUCCUUUCGGGUUCUCGCAUCCAUUUUCCAUCUCCACACAUCAUCGCCGAGCUCUCGAUUGAACAGAGGCUCCUUAUUAAGCACACGAUGGUCCGCUUAGACGACAAACUUCCCGGACACUUUAAGACUGCCGCACCCUCCGAUCUUCGCUACAUUCAAUAUGACCCUUGCGCGAAGCCGAUAGCAGACGAUUUCAAGGACCUCAGAGGGCUGUUGCCAAACGCCGAAAGCAUCCUUGUCGUAUUCGACUACAAGUUCACAAACGCUUGGACUUGGGAUCCCAAUUUCGAUCAUGACAGACUUUACUAUAAGCACUGGCAAGCGUGGUUUAAGUCUCUUGACAAUGUCAGGACGCCACCUCGUUGGGGUACGGCAAUUCCGGAUGUCGUUGAUUACACGAUGAGGGACAACAGCAUCGUCAUUGAAUUAGCUUUUGAUCAACCGAUUAUUUCCUCUACAUGA